AUGCCCAGUGACAGCGAUCAUAGCAAUGCGAAAGACUCCCCCAAAUCCUCAGCGUCAGCGUCAAAACGUCUACGCCAGGUCGCAUCCCACCUACCGGCUGACUACUCGGAUGUUCUCGCCCAGAUCGACACCCUGCGCAAAAUCGCUGCCACGCCAGAUGUCUCACGACGAGGCUACAUUCGCCAGAAGCAGGCCGGCAAGUUAUGGGUGCGCGAACGCCUGGAUGCGUUACUCGAUCCCGGCAGUUUCCGGGAGAUCGGGUCACUGUCUGGCACCGUGACGUGGAAGCAGAUCGAUCCAAUGCGCGAGGAGCCACAGUUGUUCGUUCCAAGUAACAACGUCCAAGGCAUUGGAGCACUCCGUGGUCGUCGUGUGCUGCUCACGGCGGACGACUUUACUCUCCGCAGCGGGCAUGCGGACGGUGCAUCGCACGAGAAGACGAUCUACGUCGAGAAGCUAGCACUUGCCCUGAAGCUGCCGAUAGUGAAGCUGGUCGAUGGUAGCUCCGGGGGAGGCAGUGUCACGCUCAUCCGGUCGGCAGGAUACAGUUACUUGCCGUAUGUGUCCACGUAUAAGUAUGUGGUGGAGCAGCUGAACCAGGGGAUUCCGAAUCUGGGGGCAGUUGUUGGUCCAGCUAUUGGCCUCGGGGCUGCACGGGUCGUGUCUUGCCAUUUCUCCGUCAUGGCCGCAGACGUCGGCUCACUGUUCAACGCAGGCCCGGAGGUGGUCAAAGGCGCCACCUUCGAGGAAGGACUGGACUUCCAGACGCUCGGCGGGCCCAUGGUGCACUGCACCAACGGAACGAUUGAUAAUGUCGCCGCCAGCGAAUCCGAGUGCUACGAGCAGCUACGCACGGUUCUGGGGUUCUUACCCAACUCCGGCCGUGAGGCGCCACCGGUCAUCAAAUCCGAGGACCCAGAGGACCGCGCAGACGAGGCCCUGCGCCGGAUCAUCCCCCGUCGACAGACACGCAUGUAUAAUCCCUGGACAAUAAUCAACGCGGUAGUCGACCGCGACUCCUGGUUCGAGAUCGGGGCGCUUUGGGGCCGCACGGCGAUCGGGGGACUGGCGCGGUUGGGCGGACGUCCUGUGGGGGUGAUCGCGCUCAAUUGCGAGGUCAACGGGGGCGCGUUGGAUGCUGCGGGGAGUCAGAAGCUGACGCGCUUGUUGAAGCUGUGUGAUGUGAUGAACCUGCCGGUCCUGCAGUUCAUCGAUGUUCCCGGCUACGCCAUCGGCACCACCGCCGAACGCACCGCCACGAUGCGCUGGGGCGUAGAGCUAGGCAAGACCUAUUUCACCACCACCACCCCCUUGUUCAACGUCAUCGUCCGCCGCGCCUACGGAGUUGCCGGCGGUCUGAUGCUUGGAGCGCGCGAUCCCGUCAUGCAGGUCGCCUGGCCCUCCGGACAAUGGGGGUCGCUUCCGCUGGAGGGGGGGAUCGAGGUGGCGCAUCGUCAGGAACUGCGCGAGGCAGAGCAGCGGGGUCAGAAGGCGGCGCUCUACAAGGAGCUGGAGGAGGAGUAUCGGCGACUGAUGAAUCCGGUGCGCACAGCUAAUGCGUUCGGCGUGGAGGAGAUUAUCGAUCCUAAGAAUACGCGUCGCGUGUGCUGUGCGUGGGCGCGGCAUGUGUAUGAGGUUCUGAUGCAGGAGCGGUUGGCGGAUAGGGCGAUGGGGAAGAUUAGACCUGUUUUUGCUUGA